AUGACCUAUGGCGGCGCAUUAUCUGGCCUUGAGGAUGUUGUAGGGGAGAUGGAGCGUGUCCGCGAUCUUGCUGUUUCUGCUGUCAAGAGUGGGCCCACGAUGCAGCAAUUUUGGGAGUGUUUCACAAGACCCGCUCCAAAACUCGAAUCAUUCGUCGUCUUCGAUCCACAGACUCAGAGGAGCCCUGCCGGACCAGUGACUCGUGUUCCUCCGGUAUUAUUCCGUGGUGAGACACCUUCUUUACAGAGGUUGGAGCUUCGCCAGUGCACUUGGUGCUGGGCCUCGACUCUGUUCUGCAGCACUGUCACUUCCCUCAUCCUGGAUGGUCGCAAGAUCUGGAUUCGUCCUAGGGUGGAGGAGAUCCUCGUUGCACUAGAGCGCAUGCCGAUGUUGGAGGUCGCAGUCCUCGAUCAGAUCACUCCAGAUAUCCCGUGGGACUUCUACCCUACCUCAGGCAAAGGGCGUGUUGUACAUCUCGCGCACCUGAAGUAUCUAUUCAUCGACGGCCUUGCAUUAAAUUGUGCUACCCUUCUAUAUCAGAUUGAACUCCCGUCGCACACCCGCCUUUGCAUUUACUGUCAGCCGUUUAGCAGAUACAAGGAGUUCUACGCGGUCGCGUGCGCGAUUAGGACCAAGUAUCAAGGCCUCUCCGAUGCAUCCGAAAACUUACUGCGCAGCUUCACCUUUGUUCCACUAACAGCUGAAGGCCUACGCCUGCGUGCUUGGACCACCAUUAUUCCCGUCGAAGAGCUGCGAAAUCGUCCUGCCACAGACGCGUCGCUCGAGAUGCGCCUUGCGUGGAACGGGGCUUCGCCAAGCAAUUCUGUGGAAAGUUUGAGAUUUGCGUGCAAAGCGCUACCCCUCCACACAGUUCGCACUUUCUAUGUGCCUGGCUAUUUUUCUUUGGACUCCGCAGAGUGGGUCGAAAUAUUCGAGUCAAUGCAGUCUCUCGAGGAGUUGUGGGUAUACGGACAAACUGCGAACCACCUACCAAGUGCGCUUCGGAAGAAGGUUUUAUGCAGCUGUGGUACGCAUCUCGUGCAGGAGGACAUAGAUGAAGCCGAUCACAGCAGUGACGAAGAGGACGAGGAGGCACAACCUACCUACAGUUUCCUCUUCCCGGCGUUGCGUGUGCUGAAGCUUGAGGGGGUAGACUUCGCUGGGGAUGAGCGCUCCAAGGAGGAAAUACAGAUAUACGUUUACCGCUGCAGGAAUUUCAUCCUCGAACAAUCCGUCGAUUUGGAGCUUAUGGGUGCGAAGGUCCACUGGAAUGGCCAGGAGCUCUUGGAUUUCGACCUCUCCGAGAUCGAUAGCGAUGCUUCGGCUGAAGAUUACGAGGAUUAUUAUGAUGACGAUGAAGACGUGUCGGAAGACGAUGACGACGAUGACAGCAGCGUGGACUAG